AUGGGUCGGCUCGACCGGAGUGAUACCACGGCCUCACAGAAAACCGGCCGAUACCUAUCAAUACAAUCAGAAAUGUCUCUACUAAAGUUACCAAGCAGUUUGUCGAACACCACAAAAGUGCAUGAAAGAUGGAUGCAAAUCGUGCACGCUGCUGAAUGUACAGUUGAAGAAGAUAUGGAGCAACAGGUUUUAACAGCGAAAGGCGUGCGCAUCAAAGAACGCGCAAUAACACCAGAAAUUCUCGGCAGAAACUACAGCAGAUACUGUUAUCUUAUCAAUCAGAUGUACGAUGCGUACCUAAACAAUGUUCAUCUGCAGAGAGCCCCAUACAUACAGGAACUUAUCAAUAUUUGUAUGAAAAGAAUGUACGAGCUUCGCAAUGAGCUAGUACAUUUGAUAGUCAACGAUUAUAUUUACGUCGACGCUGCAUUAAUUCAACUUCAAUUAACCCCUUAUGAUAUACAGCCCAAGCCAAAGACUUCAAAACUUAUGGUUAGUCUGACAGCGAAGUCCGGACUAGAUGAUGUCGCGAUCCCACCUGAGCUCGAACCUGGCCCGCAACCUGAGGAAGAGUCUGAGGAAUCUGUUAGCACUGAAGAAAUACCAAUACAACCCGUGAUCGAACCGUCCACACUUGUGAUAACUAUCCAAAGGCAUGAAAGAUACAGACAGUGGCUAAUGGUUGAUUUAAAAAAUAAAGCUGUUGAAAGAAGACUUUAUUACCUGGGCACUGUAGAAGAAGCACCCGAUGAAAUUAAACAUAAGGCUUCAAAUAUUAUUCAGAAGUGUUAUAGGCUUUACAUGAAACUGAAACGUGAAAAAUUAAAGGAGGUUAAGAGAGACAUCCUGCUUGGUCUGAUACCAGAUACUUUCAGAACUACCCUACAUUACCACGAGGAAAAUAAUAAGGUAUACGAAAGAAGAAAGAAGACAAGGCUUAAAAUACAGAAGAACUACCUUAAAGAAUUAGAGACAGAAAACACACGGAUAAUAAUGUUCAAGAAAGGAAACCAUAUAGACGAUAUUACUGAUGAGAUCAGGAACUGGUUCGAGGAAUGGUUUUAUGGUUACGGUUUUUUUCCUGAAUUCCCCUAUGAAACCGAAGGAGGCACAAUAUUGGUUGUCAGAGGAGAUUUUCCGUCUGUAGAAGAAAAACAAGAACAAGAUGAAAAAUUGUUAAACGAAACUAAAGGGAAAACUAAAGAACAGAUGAAAGAAGAACGUGCUAAAUUAAAAGCCGAACAGAAAAUGAAAGCCAAAGCUGCAAAAGUAGAAAAAAGAAAACAAGAAGAAGCAUUAAUGAAAGCCAGAUCCAACCCCUUCUCUGACCCUGGUUAUAAGAUAGAAGAAUCUGCUGCAGUACAGUUAAUUCAUGAGGCUCUUAAAGGCUACAGGGCAGCAUGGUCACUUUUCGACGAGAUGCCAAAAGAAAGGUUUGGAGAAACAAUUUAUGGGUACAUGAAGCCAUUACUCACUGAGGAGUUGAUGAUGAAUUUGCAUCUGGAGUGCAGGAAGUUUGUCGACGAAAUGAUGAGGUUAGAUCUAAAACUGCUAAUACAGAAACACCAGGCAGAUUUCAAGUCAAUGGGUAUGAAGUUUCCUAAAAUGACACCUAGAAGGAAGCCCAAGGUACCACCGGUACCAAAGCCCGUCAUUUAUGACAAAAAGUUGAUGAAAAAUACCGCGCCAGUUUUUGACCUGAAUAUUGUCACGAAACCAACUACGAAACUCAGUGAUGUGUACGGCGAUUUGAAUUAUGCAGCUUAUGCCUAUAAUAUUAGAGAUCCUAAUGCUACGUUUCCCUAUCCAGCUUAUGGUGACAUCAAGGAGCGAUUAAGAUUGUCCUGUGUUUUGGGAUGUGGGAUCCAACCUGGAGCUACUAGGAGAAAAUCUGUGAUGUUGUUAGGUCCCGAUAGGAAUGGAAAGCAGUUCCUGGCUGAUGCUGUGGCUGGGGAAUUGAAUGCCAUCAAAAUCGACAUAACUCCUGAAGUUUUCACAGCUGUAACCAGUAAACCUUUGAAAGUAUUAAACCAAGUUUUCAUAACUGCAAGGGCUUUUCAACCGGCUGUAAUAUUCAUGAAAAAUAUUGAAAGAGUUUUCGCUAUAAAGGUGCCUCCAGAAGAUAAACAUCUUCAAGCUCAAACCCUAAAAGCGGCUUUAUCGAAACAAAUUAAACAGAUAUCACCCGAUGAUAAAGUCAUCUUUAUUGCAACCUGUACUAACCCUUGGAUGGCCAAAGCUAAACCGAUGGUUAAUAUUUUUGAAGAGAUUUUGAUCGUUCCGAGAACAGACUAUGGGUCUUUACAACAAUUUUUGUACGCUAAACUAAUGAGGAUAAGGAGCAUACCGAGAGAUUAUCCUGUACAAACGAUGGCGUGGUUGCUACGAGGGUACAGUUUUGGAGAUGUCAUCAAAGCGUUCGAUGAAGUUAUGACUCCAGAAAGAAUUGUCAGAUUAAAUGUAAAACAACUGUCACCAGGAGAAAUAUUGGAGGCGUUGAUGUCCAAAGACUUGGAACCCAUGGAUGCUGAGGAAUUUCAAAGGUACGUCGACUUCUUCCUCGAAUACGGACCCCUGAAAGUGGAACGCGCGAAUUAUGAAAGGAUUAACUUUUACAGAGAAGAUUUUUACAAGAAAGAAGCGAAGAAAGCCGCAUCUUAA